GGUCCCACCACCCUGCGUUCUGCCCUGGCCCAGCGAUAUGACAGAAGGCUGGGUGGAUUGCCCCUCCCUGGGGCCCGGCUGGCAGCGCCGUGAAGUCUUGCGCAGAAAUGCAUCAAGACCAGGACAAUCGGAUACCUAUUACGUAAGCCCGAGAGGAGAGAAGGUCCGUAGCAGAGUGGAGCUGACGCGGUUGCUGGGGUGUACGAGGGACCUGACCGACUUUGAUUUCAAGAAAGGCAUUUUCAUUGAGCCGAAUGCCGAGCCCGCUCCACCCCCUCCGCCUGUUGCAGAAAGCCACCGGAAGGUCAAGAAGGGUAGCAAGAGGCGACUCCCUUCUCUGGCUGAAGCCACCCCUCCACUCAAGAAACCUUCCGACUUGCCCGAAUUUCAGCCGCCUUUGGAUGAGAAUCCUCCGAAGCUCGAGCUGGAGAUCCCAAUUGAGACCCCUGCCAGUAUUCCAACCCCGCAGCUGGAGCCUCCAGCUCCCACAGAUCAGUUAACCCCCAACCCUCCUACAGAUCCGUUAACCCCCAAACCCCCCAAACGACGGUAUCGGAAACAUCCUCCCCCCAUCCUCACUGAAGGCCAAACGGGAGAUGCGACGAUGCCAGAAAUCAUCCCCGAGGAAACAAUUGCGUGCUGCGCCAGCUGUCAAGGCCAGUUCCCAGGAGUGAUGCUUCCAUCCCAGAGGCGCUGCCGUUGGCUCUGCCCAGACUGCAGAGCUCAGAGAAGAGACUUCAACCGCGAGCAGAGAUAUUUCAAGCAAGUUGGCUGUGGGGUGUGCCAAGCCUGCCAGAUGUCUCAGGACUGCGGCAUCUGCACAGUGUGUGUCGUGCGAGCCAAGAGCCCCGAGCUCCGCAUUGGCAUCAAAUGCCUGCUGCGACGAUGCCUGAGGAUUGUCAAAAAGGGUCUCGAAUGUGGCAUGUGCCAGGCCUGCAAAAUAACCGAAGACUGCGGCAGCUGUUACAUCUGUGUGCGGAGGCAGAAGCCGGGCAUGAAGCGUCAGUGGAAGUGUCUCAAGCGCCGCUGUCUCCGGCGCAAGAAGAAGAUCCCGCCUAAGAAGGAUGGCUACAGCUCCAAGAAGCUUAUGGUGGAAGCCUCCCUGCCAAAGGAUACCUUCCCCCAAGUGCGACGGCGGCGGCAGAAGCGGCCGGCAUCAGCAACAGACGGGCCCCCUCCCGCGGCCCAACGGGCCCCCAGGCGGCACCGCAAGAGACUGUCAGCAGCGCCACCGGUGCCCGCAGUGAGUGACGGGCCCCUUCCCAAGGCUCAGCUGGCCCCAGGCUGCCGCCGUCGGAGGCACUCUGCCACCACAAAAUGGAAGCCCACCAUGGAACGGGAUCCUGGAGGUGUCAUCCCAAUACGGCAUAGGCAAAAGAUGCAGUUGGGUACAGUGAAAGAGCGGAAGAAGGUUGGCCGUCCGCCAAAGCAUCCUGUGGCCAAAGUCAAGAAUAGCGUGCACGCCUCGAAAAGCCGGCGGAACCGGAAGUGUGGCGAGUGUGAAGCCUGCCAGCUGAAAACCGACUGCGGCCGCUGCGACUUCUGCCGGGACAAGCCCAAGUUUGGCGGGGGAAACCUCAAGCGCCAGAAGUGCCGCUGGAGACAGUGCCUGCGUUUUGCGAUGACGGAGGAGAUGCCCUCUGGCAGCAAACCGCUCGACCUGUCCAAGCCGCAGAAGCCAGAGAUGUGGGAUCAGCAGCUGCCAAAGCUGAAGGAGGAGGAGGCAGCGAAAGAGUUGGCCCAAGUCUGUGCGAGGGACCUUCCUGCUGCGCCACAAGAAGUCAAAGCGGAGCCACCAGUGAAACAGCCAGUCAAAGAGGAUCCAGAAGCCCCCUGCCAACCCAACCCACCCACCCAGACACUGGGGAAGGAGUCAGAUACCAGGUUACCUGCCGUCAACCUCCUUCUUGCCACAUCUCCCAAGGUCAAGCGAGAGCAUGCAGAACCGGGUGGAGACCAUCGCCCAAUGGGUGACUCUCCAGUGCUGGCAGGGCUGCCCCAGCCGAAGAGUGCCAGGGAGACCCCAGGCAGCGAGGUGGUUGUGCUGGAUGACGAGGAGGACGAUGAAGUGGAGCAGCUGCAACAAAUACGCCCCCCGGUGAUAAUGGAGAUCUACAGUCUGGGCGGGGUGCAGCCCCUGAGCCAGCUGGACAGCGUCCUGCGAGAGUUCCUGGGCGAGCUGAACGAGAUUCCUCUCCCCGCCCACUGGGAGGUGCUGCCCCUGCUGGGGGGCCCGAACCUGCGCCUGGUGCAGCGCUCAAAACAUUCCACCAUGUCGGCGGCGGUCAUCCACAUUCGCCCGGGCCUCUUCUUCCACGUGGUGGUGCGGGACCUCCCUGUGCCCCCUGAGCACGAACUCUACGCCAGCCACCCCGCCCGCCUGACCACGGUCGACGAAGUGGUGGAACUGAUCGGUGACCUGGAGGCCUAUCGUCUUUGUCCCGGAUGGCCGGCAGGCUGGCAUGCCGGCGAACGGUCCCAGGCCUGCGACGUUCUCGUGUACUCGGGCUGCUGCCCGCAGUGCCGGCUUAACCCUUGGCCGUCAGGAAGCGGGACCCGCUGAGAGCUGGAGGGGUG